CAGAUUCUGCCUAAACUUGUGAUCAAAAAAGAUGCCUGAUAUGAUUUCAAUCUAUAGAUUUAUUGUGACUUGUCCCAAUAUAUAGGGUUUAGUCUUGAAAAAGUUCCAUGUGCAAUUGAGAGGAAUGUGUACUGUGGAGGGUUUUUGUUUUGUUUUGUUACUAAAAUGCUCUGUAUAUAUGGAGGCCUUCAGAACUCUUUCAUAAGCACUUCUGUUCCUGAUCUGUGCUGGGUUUAGUCAGACAGUGAUAAAUGAGAUAGGCAUGUCUAUCCUCAUGGAUGUUUUAUCUGUUGCCUUCCCAAUGAAAUGAUUGUCUUUUCUUUACCUCAGCUUUGUAUUCUCCAUGGUUAAAGCUUUAGGACUUCUGAAGUACGUGUUUAAACUUGGCCAUGGGACUUGAAACUCUUUAUGCCCUGUCACCUGGAUGUUUUGUGAGGAUACUUGUGUUUUUUGUUCUUUGAGAAUGAAUAUGUCCACUAAAAUCUAGGUGUAGUUAUUCCACAGCUGUAAAAAUCAUACUUCCCCAUCUGCAGAAUUGUUGGCUCCAGUUUAAUGCAGUUGCUGGUCACCUGCACGAUUGCACCAAACAUAUGUCUUUUCUCCAUGAAUUAGGGUGUCGUGUUGAUAAACCCAGUCUGCUCUCCCAGUGGGAACAGGAGGGCAAGAUGCCGGCAGAGGAGCGAGAAGCUCUCCCAGGCGCACAUCCAGAUUUGGACACUGUAAUUAAAGCCCAAUGGCUGACUCCUAAGAAGCAUGUUUUGAGAAAAGAACACUCUAAUGGUGUGAAAGCGGAAAGGAAUCACCUUGGAGUGAAACUCAAUGAAUGUAAUCAGUGUUUUAAAGUCUUCAGCACAAAAUCUAACCUUACUCAGCACAAGAGAAUUCACACUGGAGAAAAACCCUAUGACUGUAACCAGUGUGGAAAGUCCUUCAGCAGUAGGUCUUACCUGACGAUCCAUAAGAGAAUACAUAAUGGGGAGAAACCCUAUGAAUGCAACGACUGUGGGAAAGCCUUCAACGACCCCUCCUCUCUGCGACUGCAUGUGAGAAUUCACACUGGGGAAAAGCCUUACGAAUGUAACCAGUGUUUUCACGUCUUCCGCACUAGUUGUAACCUCAAAAGCCACAAGAGAAUUCAUACACGAGAGAAUCACCACGAAUGUAAUCAGUGUGGGAAGGCCUUCAGCACGAGGUCCUCCCUGACUGGACACAAUAGCAUUCACACAGGAGAGAAACCUUACGAAUCCGAUUGUGGAAAGACCUUUAGGAAGAGCUCAUAUCUGACUCAGCAUAUGAGAACUCACACUGGAGAAAAACCCUACGAGUGUAAUCAGUGCGGAAAAUCCUUUAGCAGUAGCUUUUCUCUCACUGUGCACAAGAGAAUUCAUACUGGAGAGAAACCCUAUGAGUGCAGUAAUUGUGGGAAGGCUUUUAAUAAUCUCUCAGCUGUUAAGAAACAUGUGAGAACACACACUGGAGAAAAACCCUAUGAAUGUAAUCAGUGUGGAAAAUCAUUCACCACUAACUCUUACCUUUCAGUGCACAAGAGAAUACAUAAUAGGUGGAUAUGAAUAUAGUCACUGGAAUAGCAUUCACUGACUUCUUAUUUCCAGACAGCUUGUAACUCACCAUUGAUGUGUGAACUCUGUUGCUGCGUAAUAAAUUUUCCUCCAAAACAUCAUUGUUUCAUCAAACAACAGCAUUCAUUGAUAUUAUCUCACAACUUAUCUAAGUCAGGAAUUUGGAAACAUCUGUGUAGUUCUGGCUCAGGAUAUCUCAUGAGGAUGCAUUCAAGAUGUCACAGGAGCUACAAUCUGAGUUUUUACUGCAGAAGAGUCUACUUCCAGAAUUGUUCACUGGGGUCUCUUAGUCCCUAUUGUUGGCAAGGAACCUUCAUUUCUUCACCAGGUGGAACUCUCCAUAGGCCUAAGUAGCUGUAUGACACAGCAGCAGGUUCCCACAAAAUCAUUUGGUGUGAGGGAGAGCUAAUAUGUCAGGAAGACUUGCUGUCACUUAUGCCAUACUUACUGGUCUCACAGACCUAUCUUGAUAAAAUGUGGGGGAGCCUGCACAGAUUAUGUGUACACAAAGAGAUCACUGGAAACCACAGGACGCUUGCCGUGGAAUUAUAAAAGACCUUUGGUGUAUUCAGAGUGAAGUGGCAUCAGAAACUCAUCUGAAUCCACUCUGGAGAAAAACCUCGUGAGAACAAUCUGGUAAGCUUUCAGCUCGAGCUCGCCCAGAUGUGCAGCACAGGUUGUAUAUUGUGAGAAACAUGGGGAACAUGGUGGCUGUAGGAAAAUGUCAGUGACCUCUCUAGGGAGUCAUGUGACAACACGCUAAGGGGAAAACGGACUAUCAUCAGAAUGCAAAAGCUUUUAGGGACACUCAGCCCUUAGAAAACACAUGAGGAAGCCACUCCGGAGGAAGCCUGAGGAACGCAGGAAACCCUGCAGCAUCAAGCAUUUAUAUUCCUGAGCGGAAGAUGGUGAGAAACUCUGAAGGUCAUCACUGUGGGAAAACCUUGGAUGUUUCCUCAAAUUUCAAGAGCUGGGAAGAUUUAUUCUGGAGGAAAAAUCCCCAUUACUUGUGAUCAGUAUUGGAAAGAUUUCCAUUUUUCCACAUUCUUGGGAACCUGUGAGUACUCACUGCGAAGAAAUGCGUGACUAUAAAGAAAGAAGAAUGCCUCGAGGGAUACCUCUUAACACUAGGGAAAUAGAUUCUCCCUGGAUGCACGACCUGUCAGUGCAUUCUCACUGGGAAGUCCCAGUGAUUCCUGUAUUUGUUGAAAUGUGAGGACUCACACAAGGGGAGCCCUAGGGAUGGAAUCACUGUGGCGAUUUCUCAGCUCUUCGUUGCGUGGACGCCAAGUCCUAUAGAGUCAAAAGUGUUCUGAGUGGGGGUUCCGUUUGUCACUGUCCCAUCCUUUGGCUGGGCCACUCCUGAAUUUUAAGUCUUUUUGUUUUAGUAUAAGCAUUUAUAACUGUACACUAAAAUAAACCAUAAAUUAUGUCCCAUGGUUUUGUAUAUAUUGUCAUUUACCCUAAAAUAUUAAUAUGUAUAGUAAAAAAAUGUAUUUCUGAACCUUCUGAGUUGAUUUAGUCUCAUGGUGGAAAUUAGACUUUAUUUGCUGUAUGCCUUUUUCUUUUUUUAUUAAAGAUUUAUUUUUAUUUAUGCAUAUAAGAACUGGGGUGUAGGCCAGAGGUCCAGGGGGUAAGAGGAUUCACCAGAGACAGAGUGGGGAGCAGAACAGGCAGAUCUACUGAAAUACACUGCUGAGGAGAGCAGCGGGUGAGACAGGAGAAGUCUGCCCUGCCUUGUGGGUCAGCUCCCUGGUAGGGGAUCGAACUCAGGCCACUAUGGGGGUAGCACUGAGACUUAACCUGUAGGCCACCAGGGAGGCCCCACUACAUACCUUUUUUCUAAUACAAUGGCAUUUUUGUCAAGUAAAUGGACUUUAUGAUGUUGUUUAUCUCUCCUGCAAUGGCAGUUAUUUUUAGUUUCUUUCCCAAUGUCCAUUCUCCCGUUUAUUUACUAAAAGGAAAAAAUGUUCAUGUUGUCAGAGAGCAAUACUGAAAAUAAUCUGUGAGAUUGGCCUGAAACCCUGAGAUGUCCGACUUUGCUGGUCAUCACUGGAGGAAACGCCAUCUGGCUUGCCUCCUUUGCCUGCAUCCUGUUCAUCUUGCCCAUUCUUUUUAUUGGAAGUAUACUGUGCCUAAUUUGGAAGAGCUAUCUUUUAAUCGUGAUAAAACCACAGUGUAACUGCCGACCACCACCAUGAUACAGGCACUCCAAAAGCCUCUGACUGGCAGUGCUGGCUCUGGUCUGCUGAGCCUUUGACUUCUCUUUUGGAUUUAAGAGUAACCGCUGGUUGAAGCCAAAAUUGUUAAAUUUUGGGUGGUUUUGAGGUGAUGCUCUGUUAAUGUCCAGCUGAAUGUGAAAUGUAGGCUGCUGAUUUUAGUAGGUCAAGUUUAACAAAUGCUUCAUGCCCAUUCUCUGGGACUCCCUGGUGGCGCAGCGGACUGAGCGCAGCACUGUGAAGCUGUCCAUGGCUUCUGCAGCGCGGGUUCGAUUCCCGGCUGGCCAGGGAGAUUCCCACAUGGCGAGGCAGACCUCUCCUGUCUCGCCCAUUGCUCCCCUCAGCAGUGUAUUUCGGUCCUUCUGCCUGUUCUGCACCCUGCUCUGUCUCUGGUGAAUCCUCUCACCCUCCCGCACCUCUGGCCCGUACCCCAGCUCUUGUGUAAAUAAAUAAAUCUUUUUUUUUUAAAGUUUAAAAAAUGUAUUCUCUAAUUUUUGGCUAUAAUGUGCCCAUAAACUUAAGCAAAAGCAGGAAUUGACUGAGAAGGGACAUGAAGGAACUUGAUGGGGUGUGGAAAUGUUCUAUACACUGAAAGAAGUGUAGAUCACAUAGGUGUGUACAUUUGUCAGAAUGCACUAGCUGUCUCCUUAGAUGUGUGUGCUGCACUGUAAGUUAUCUCAAUUUGAAACAUUUUGUUACAGAAAUGAGAGGGAAAAAAUGCCAUUUAUUGCCUGAUUCUAUUGUAUGACAUUCUGCAAAAGGCAAAACUAGGGAAGAACAGCAAAUGGAUGGUUUUUAGGGAAAAGGAGAAAGAAAGACAACUACACCGAGGCAGCACAAAAGAAUCUGGGACUGAUGGAAUUGUUCUAUCAAGGUUGUUGAUGGGUUGAUGGAUACACAACUCUAACCUUGCAGAAAUCUAUAGAACUGUAUGCCAAAGGCAUGAAUAUUACUGGAGGCUAAAUAGAAAUUAAUCAGGUAGCAGAGGAAAUACAAGAUGGGAUGCAAGCUUUAGCAAGGGAACCUAACUGUUAUAUAUGAGUAACAUAGCCUCAAUGGAGGAAACCAGUUUACUUUGGAAAACUGUUUUGGUCAGAUACUAUAAGGCCCAACACAAAAAGAACUGUCCAUGAAUCCUUUAUUCUAGGUCAAACUACUGUUUCUCAUAAUGGUAUGGAUUAGCAAUUCUGAUAGAUGUAUGGGAGGGCCGAGAAGUAUAUAUAGUAUCAAUAUUGAGUACCAGUUUCUCACCGUCAAAGAGAUAUUAUAAACAAGAGAAGUCUAGAAUGAACACUGGUGUUGGGUUGGAAUUGGAGUUAUCGGAAUGAAUUGAUGCUCUUUGAUGGCCGGAUGCAUGUAGGGAUCGAUGGGGGCGGGGGGGGC